CAAUUAACAGCAGUUGUUGCUUAGCAACUGCUUAGAUAAACUUUACAAAUAUGGGUUAGAUUAAAAAAAAAGUAUCUGUCUCUUGAAACGACGAACGAGAGUCUCUGUGUUCGUUUUACUGCGUUAAAUCACUCUGCUGGUCUGGUCUGUUGCCUCCUUACAUACAGUUCGUCAACUGUCGUUGAGAUCACUGCAGUUCCCCCGAAACGCUCCGGAGCGCACCUUUGCAUAGGGCAGGCUGCAGAAUAACCCGAGUAAAAGCCCGAUUUGUCACUGCCGACGACGAGUUCGCAUGUGGAUUGCAUUGGAUUUGCAUUGGAUUUUUGGGUGAUUUUCCGUAUGGAUUGCUAAUUUGACUCCGACUGCAGGACGGAUCAGGUCUGGACCCAGUUUGCACAUUAGCUCUACAAUGUAUCAGACGUUACGGACGUUACUGUCAAAUGCCCGGUGCUGGGAUACAGACAGUGAGAGGUCGUACCAGGACCUGUUUGAAAAGCUCGAUACCAACAAAGAUGGGAAGGUGGAUGUUGCUGAAUUACGAGAGGGCCUCAAGGCAAUGGGCAUAUUCCGCCAGGGUGCUGCACAGAAAAUAGUGUCAUCUGGUGACCAAAAUAAAGACGGGUGCCUGGACUUCAACGAGUUUAUCAAGUAUCUGAAGGAGCACGAGAAGAAGCUGUGGCUGACGUUUAAGAGCCUGGACAAAAAUGAUGAUGGGCGCAUCGAUUCCUCAGAGAUCCAGCAGUCUCUUGCAGAGCUGGGCAUAGAUGUCAGCGGAGAGGAUGCCCUAAAAAUCUUACAGAGCAUGGAUAUAGAUGGAACCAUGAUGGUUGACUGGAACGAGUGGAGGGAACACUUCCUGUUAUGCCCUGCUCACAACCUGGAAGAGAUUAUACGCUACUGGAAACACUCCUCAGUUCUGGACAUAGGUGACAGUCUUGCCAUCCCAGAUGAAUUCACAGAGGAAGAGAAGAGCACAGGUGGCUGGUGGAAGCAGCUUGUUGCAGGUGCUGCGGCAGGGGCUGUUUCUCGUACUGGUACUGCCCCACUGGACCGAGUGAAAGUCUUCAUGCAGGUUCAUUCUUCAAAGGCCAACCGGAUAAGUCUGCUAGGGGGCUUUAAGCAAAUGAUUGUAGAAGGAGGUGUGACUUCGCUGUGGAGGGGAAAUGGAAUAAAUGUUUUAAAGAUUGCACCCGAGACAGCGAUUAAGUUCAUGGCAUACGAACAAUAUAAGAGGUUGUUAUCAUCAGAAGGAGCGAAGAUUGAGACCCACCAGAGGUUUCUGGCUGGCUCUCUGGCUGGGGCCACAGCACAGACAACAAUCUACCCAAUGGAGGUAUUAAAGACUCGGUUGACCCUUAGGAAAACUGGCCAGUAUGCAGGAAUGUUUGAUUGUGCCAAGAAGAUCCUGAGGAAGGAGGGCGUUAAAGCUUUCUACAAGGGCUACGUACCAAACUCACUGGGCAUCCUUCCCUACGCUGGGAUAGACCUGGCUGUUUAUGAGACUCUAAAGAACACUUGGUUGGCACAUUACGCCACUGAGUCAGCCAACCCUGGAGUGUUGGUGUUGCUGGGCUGUGGGACCAUCUCUAGUACCUGUGGCCAGCUGGCAAGCUAUCCACUCGCACUUGUGCGCACUCGGAUGCAAGCACAAGCAUCUCUGGAACCAUCAAACCAGCCUUCUAUGAGUUCUCUGAUGAAGGAGAUUGUAGCCAAAGAUGGUGUUUUUGGACUCUACCGGGGCAUCCUGCCGAACUUCAUGAAAGUCAUUCCUGCAGUCAGCAUUAGCUACGUGGUUUAUGAGUAUAUGAAGAGUGGCUUAGGGAUCUCUAAAUGAUACUGCAAAAAAAAAGUUUACUUAAUAUGUCAGACUUGAAAAUGCCUGAAAUAACUCCAAAAAGACAGACGGCGAUCAAGCAUAGAGUGCAUGUUUUAAGAGCCGUCUGCCAGUAGUAAAAGCAUUAAUAAUUUGUGGUAUGCAUGCUCAAAUGUUUUUUUCUAACUGUAAAACAUACCAUUCAUCCUGCAUUUACUUGCGUUAUUUACACACAAAAAGACAGUUCUGGAAAAACACUAAAACGUGUUGAGUAUAAUGGCUAAUUUCAUUUAUGCCGCGGAUAUUCCUUUAAACUGUGAUGAAACAAAUACGUGACAUAGCGUUGUUUCCUUUGUUUGAAAAAUGACGCUAUGUCAGCUGAACCUUUCACAUGUCUAUGCACUGUAUACAUGAUUUUGUAAACACCUGCCCUAAGUGACAGCGGUUCCAAACAAACUGUUCUCCAAUCAGCAGCUGUCCACUAAAAAUAACUGGCUUGGACAAACGAAUACUUAUUAACACUGGAACAGUGUGUGAAUGAAGACACACAUCUUGUGCAAUGUGAAAACCACUGAUCUCUCUAUUUGAUAACGAUUUAAAUGUGCCUUAUGUGGGUGUAAAUCUGAUGAUAACAUCAGAAGAUGUGUUUUAUAACUAUACAUAUUACUGUAUAUAUGUUUCCAGUUAUGCUUAUUUAUGGGAUUUAACGAUGAAAAAUACUUGCAAGAAGCAUAUGUUUGUCAUGUUUCAAUCCUCAUUUCAACCUAGUACAUACGCACAACACAUUCCUGCUACAGUUAACAUUCAUUCAUUUGUUUCAUACUCUAUCAUGCAGCCAAGUGGAUGGAGUUUAGAUAUAGUAUGCAUGAUAACAAUCUUCUGUGUUUAGUUUAUGUGACAUUUUCUGAGCUUGAAACUAGUCUUAAUUUAUUAGCUGUUGAAACUUGGUCCUUCCAGGGAGGCUUGAAUGCUGAUAUUGCCUCCUCAGUAAUGUAAGGAUCACUGAUUGGAAAAUUGGUCUGAUGUGUUGAAAUCUUUGCCAAGUGGUCAAUAAAGACAAAACCUGUGGAUUUGUUUCCACACAGAACUUUAA